CAUUCUUUUACUCUUACAGAAUAUAGUACAAUGGGACUUUUCAGCCGAAUACCAUUCCGACCGGCCUUGCGCUUCUUCAGUUGGAGCGUUCAAGGUGGAUGUGUUAUGCUUCUCUUUCAAAAUUAUGUAGCUGAAGUCACAAUGUGCAUAGGGCCUUCCAUGCUUCCGACCUUCAACAUUGUCGGAGAUAUUGUAGUGGUGGAGCAUGUAUCAAGACAUUAUCGAAAGUUGGACCUGGGGGAUGUGGUUGUGUGUGUAUCUCCGACAAAUCCACAGAAGGCGAUAUGCAAAAGAGUGUUGGGCUUGCCGGGAGACUUUGUAUGCGUAGAUCCUACGUUAUCGGAGCGGAGAUAUAUUACGGUGCCGCCAGGGCAUAUAUGGCUCCAAGGCGAUAACUUUACCAAUUCAACAGACUCUCGCAAAUAUGGACCAGUAUCCCUUGGCUUACUUCGUGGCCGAGUACUAUGCAAGAUAUGGCCUAAUUUUGAGUGGAUUCGGAAUGGAUUCGAAGAACAGAUAUCACAACCGAGUAUGGAUCGUGAGCUAGUCGUUGAACGAUGAUACGAGACACCUUGUCCGUUUACUGAAGAGCACAUUCCCAUUGAAUACGUGUACCAACGUGUCAGAUUGUGGAUCUCUGGUUGGGACGUACCGAUACCCAAGGGCCCAAGCAACAUGCCUACAUUCCAUCCAUUGAUUUUUCCCGGUUUUAGAUCAUUGCAUUAUAGAGUAGAUCUCGCACAUUGUCGUUAUUACUAGUAUUUACUCGCGCCUGUUCAUGAAUUAAUAUAUACUACAAUGUUUGUCGUGUUAUCAUCUA